AUGAUUCCCCAAGCCUUACGCAAAGGCCAUGGAUUUAUUGCCAUAGUCAUUGUAUUUUUUCUCAUAGUGACGGUAUCCAUACGAAAAUAUGACCUGUUGCCUUACGAAGGUUACUUUGACCAAUAUCCAGCAGACACAGCCUCGGGUCCGGAUCUGACGAAAAGCGCACCUUUGCCUCGCAAAAUAUGGCAAAUCUUUUCGACCCCAGCGGAUGCUAAAGAAAAGCCCCCAAACUCAAUCGAUCCUAAGGCGCUCGGCGAUACAACCUCUUGGAUAGGACUGAACCCAGGGUAUCAAUACAAGCUUCUCGGCGCCGGGACUACUUCCUCCGAUGACUUCGUGAUCAAGCACUUCUCCCACGACAAGUCAAUCAUGGAUACUUACUUCUCUUUGCGAAGUCCGGGACUGAAGACAGAUCUGCUGCGUUACCUCAUUCUUUGGAUUGAGGGCGGGGUGUAUGCAGACCUGGAUACAUGGGCAAUAAAGCCGAUCGACUCCUGGGUGCCAGAACAUGUGAAAGCUGGAGGCAGCGUUCGAGCGGUCGUCGGGCUCGAGUGGGACCAACUGGAUAACGAGCCUUGGCCUGGCUUUGGAGACGAGCCUUCAUACAUGACACAUGUUGUUCAGUUCUGUCAAUGGACUCUCGCGGCGGCACCUGGGCAUCCCCUAUUCGAGAAUGCAAUUAAAACAUCGGUGAAGAGGAUCGCGGACCUAUCAGCUGCAAAGAAGGUAUCAAUAUCGGAUCUUGACCCUAUUGGAUAUGGCCGUCUGCCUGGACAGAUGUUGUGUUCGAGCAGCUGCAGAAGGGAGAUCCCAAGCUCCGGAGCCUGA